UACAAUCUUGAAAAAUUAUUGAAGGAAAUAGAGUAUAUUACCUUAAUUGAAUGGUUCUGCCAUCAAUUUUACUAUAAUGGAAUGUUACUUUACUGUAAAGAAGCAUGUGAGGUAUAUCCAAUGAGUGAACACCUAAGAAUUCUUUUAAGUCUUGCAUAUACAUUAACUGGGAAAGUUCAAGAAGCUAUAAAAGAAAGUUCAAGUCUUAUAAAUAAUGCAGAUACUGCAUUACCAGCAUUGCUGCUUCAAAAUAUUGCAUAUGCAAACAGUGAAAGUGUUGAAAGAGCCACUGUGAUACAAAUUGAAACAAGAAUUAGAGAUGAAAGACGAAAAUCGUGUACAAAGGCAUUGGUACUGGCAAGCACCGUGUUGCUUUUAUCUCGAAAAGUUGACAAAGCUAAAGAUUACAUAGAGAGAGCUUAUAAACUCGAUUCAUCCAAUGUAAAUGUUUUAAUGACCAAAGGUUGGGUGGAUUUAUUUAUUGUAAAUGAAAACAUUUUAAACCAGCCGAGUUUGUUCGAUAUUAUUUUAGAACAAGACCCGAAGAAUAUAAAUGCCUUACUUGGAUCUGCAAAGUACAAGCAACAACACAAUGAUUAUGCAGGAGCGAUAUUGACGCUCAAUUCACUGAUCGUGCGUUAUCCCAAGUUAUGUUUGCCUUUAGUUGAAAAAUUAUCCAAUCAGCUCGCAUUAAAAGAUUGGGAUCAAGUCCUAGAGACUACUAAUAGAAUAUUAUCAAUUGAUUCGAAUAAUUUGGACGCCAUAAAAGCAUAUGCAUUUGUAACUCUUUGCAGAGACGGAAAUUACAACGAUGGAUUGAAACAUUUGCAGUUGUUCUUUAGGCAUAUAUUAAUUACAGAAGCAAAGAAUGUAACAGUUCUUGUCAAUAAUGUUCAAUUAUUCUCACGAUUAGCAUGCAAAAAUCAAGGAAUUUUAUUGGAACUUUCUAGAGCUAUUGAAAAAAUGUUACAACAAAAUUCAAGAAGUGCAGACCUUAUGGUCGAAUUAGGGAACUUAUACGUUUCUUUAGAUAAGGUGAAAGAUGCAGAAAAUUGGUAUAGAAGCGCUGUUCGUAUAAACGAAUCUUCGUUUGCUGCUUUGAUGGGAUUAGCGCAUUGCCAGCUUUUAGACACUUCGAUUGAUGCUUUAGACUUGGCACAGCAACAAAUAGAUUUUCUGAUGGAAAUACAGUCAAACUCGGUGAACGCAGAAUUGCUCUUCAUGUCUGCUAAAUUGAGUUCGAAUGACUCGAUUAGAGCGCUAAACUAUUUGAACAAUGCAGCUACAAUCAUAUUAAACAAUUGUAAAUACACGCCAUAUGGGUACAACUAUAUGAGGAAAUUAAACCCUGCUUUAUGUUCAGAGAUCUCCAAACAACGUUUAAUUUAUUUUAUCACAAGCGAUGCGACAAAUUUGGAAGAGAAAGCAACUAAUUAUAAAGAGCCAAGUUUAUAUUUAUUGGAACAAUUAUCAGAAGCAUAUCCUGCUUUGAGUGUAGCACAAUUAUUACUAAGCAAAGCUAAGAUUCAGAGUGGAGAUUUAGAAGGUGCUUCAAGUAUUUUGAGGAAUCUUUUGGACAAUGUUGAUUCAUCUAAUGCAGAAGCUCAUUUACUAAUGGGUCAAAUUUUAGCUCGUCAGGGAAACUACCAUUUGGCUUCACAGAGUCUUGAAGUUGGUUUAAGUUAUAACUUCAAAAUUAGGGACGAUCCGAUUUAUUAUUUAAUUAUAGGUAUGGUUCAGAAAGAGAAUCAUGAUAUAGAAAAUGCGAUAAAAAGCUUCCAAGCAGCUAUGUCAUAUGUAGGGUUGCAAUCGAAUAAAAAUAUCUCAGAAAUUUCGGAUAUUUCAACGUCAGACAUGGCUACUUUGUAUCUUGAAUUAAUUUCUGCACAUAUCAAAAUGAGACAAUUCACUGAGGCAAUUACCGUUAUGCAAGAUGCAAAAAUGAAACUUGAAAACACUACUGAGGAAGGUAGAAUAUUAAUAGGAAAUGCAGAAUUAGUUUUAGAAAUGGGUGAGUUGGAUAAUGCCAUUGAGUGUUUGUCCAAAGUAACUCCAGAUCAACCUUAUUAUUUGCAAGCACAUACACGUUUAGCUGAGAUCAAUUUGAAGUACAAAAAGGAUCGGCUCGCUUUUGCCAUGUGCUUUAGAGAAUUAGUGGAACACUGUCCUGGUUCUAAGACAUACAGUAUGUUAGGUGAUGCAUAUGUUUCUAUACAAGAACCAGAAAGAGCAAUAGAAGCAUAUGAACAAGCUCUGAAGCAGAAUCCUACGAACAAAGUAGAAAUAGCAAGUAAGCUAGGAAAGGCACUCGUGAAAACGCACCAGUAUACAAAAGCCAUUAAUUAUUACCGAGAUGUGAUGAAACAAGAGAAUUUUAAGAGUUUAAAAUUGGAUCUAGCGAAACUUUUCAUAACAAUGAAACAGUAUGAUAAGGCAGAGGUUACAUUGGUCCAAGAACUACAAGAGGGCCGUCGAGAUUUUGACUUACAAAGUCUAGAAGUGCGUGGCCAGCUUUUACUGUUGCUUGCCAAAACAAGAGAGAAGGCAGACAAUAUACAAGGUGCUUUAACAGCAUUGAAGGAAGCUAAGGAGAAUCAGCACAGAUACAUGCAGCGUAUGACAAGUUCCAGCUCCGAUGAUGAGAAGCAACUGUUGGCUAAUAUCUGUUCAACAAUGGCGGAUUAUUCGUCCUCUCUUAGAGACUAUGAUCAAGCUAUAAUGUACUAUAAGGAAGCUUUGAAUCAUAAGUCUGCAGAUGUGAAUGCUUUAUUAUCAUUAGCAAAGCUUUACAUGCAGACAAAUAAUUUGGAUCGAUGUGCCCAGAGCUGCACAGCCCUGUUGAACGCAGAUCCAAACAAUGAACCAGCUUCGAUAAUGAUGGCGGAUCUAGCAUUCAGAAAAGUUGAUUUCGAGACUGCAGCGUUUCAUUUUCGACAAUUGCUGCUGAAACAGCCAACGUAUUGGACUGCACUUGCAAGGUUGAUAGAAGUUUCUCGUAGAACAGGAGACAUGGAUGAUCUUGAGGAGUGGCUACAUAGAGCAGAAGUAGGAAUGAGUGGUGCGAAACUAACAGCCGGUUACUAUUACUGUGCUGGUUUGUUGGAUUGGCGUAUGGGCCGAUUGAAUUCUGCGCUUCGUCAGUUUAAUUUCGCGAGACGAGAUCCUGAAUGGGGUCAACAAGCGAUAUACAAUAUGAUCGAGAUUUGUUUAGACCCUGAUGAUGAUUCUUCUCUUUCAAACGAAGUCUUUAACGAUGAUGACUCUGAGUAUCAAGAUUCUAGGACUAUGGCUCUGAAGACAGCUUUUCGUUUGCUACAGGAACUGAAUCCUAAAGGCAGUCCACAUGAGAUGUUAACCCAUAGACUAUUGAGCAACUUCUUUCUGCUGGCAACGAAGCAAAAAUCAAACGUUGAAAAGGCAUUGCAAGAUUGCACAGCAUUAGCUAGCCAAGAGGCCCUAAGAGAUCAUGUUGGUCCAGCUCUGGGGAUGGCGAUGGCCCAUAUUCUUCUAAAACAAACACCCAGAGCAAGAAAUCACUUGAAACGUGUUAGCAAGAACACUUGGACCUUCGAGGAUGCUGAAUACCUUGAACGUUGUUGGCUACUACUGGCAGAGAUCUAUGUGCAAUCUAGUAAAUACGAUUUGGCAAAUGAUCUUUUGAAACGUGUCUUGCAACAUAAUGCUACAUGUAUCAGAGCACACGAACUUUCUGGACACAUUGCAGAAAAGGAACAAAAUUAUCGUGAAGCUGCAUCACAGUACAAUCAAGCAUGGAAAUACGGAGGCAAGACUAAAUUGACUGUUGCAUAUAAACUGGCUUAUUGUUCAAUGAAAGCGAAAGCUUACGCAGACGGUAUAGAGGCGUGCAAUGAAGUGUUGAAACAGAAUCCGGACUAUCCACGUAUUAAGAAGGAGAUUUUGGAAAAAUGUAUUAAUAAUUUGCGCACAUAA